GCACCAUUUACGGCCACGCAUCGCAACCACCAUCUGAUGUCCUUCAGAACCUCAUACCUCUAGCUACGGAGAUCGCCGAAAAAUGGUCAAGCUCAGCAAAGAAGCCAAACAGCGGCUCCAGCAAGUGUUCCAGUGUGGGCAGUUUGUUGUCCGGUGGGGUUUCAUCCCCACUGUUUUAUAUUUGGGAUUCAAACGAGGAGCUGAUCCUGGCAUGCCUGAGCCCUCACUAAUAAGUUUGCUGUGGGGCUGAGAGCUUGCAGUGAUGACAAUGAGAGAUCAAGCCACUGUAAGCCAUCUUCACCACACCAUCAUCUCCACCCAUGGCUGCCGGCGAAAACCCCAUGGACACACCAGGCACCUCUUGAGAGGACACACCACAGCCAACUGGACCCUCUGCUGUACUGGAAUACAAUGUCCAGUAAAGGACAAC